ACGCAUGCGUGAAACAAUUUUCAACUGAGACCAUUUUGUGUGCAGUUUAGCGCACAAGUCACCUUGAAAGAGGCCUAAAUUCCCCAGUAUCGUUGGCUUUCUUUGCUUUAAAAAGGUCGUUUAAGUGUGUCAAGUCAUAAAGCCAGUUUAUUGAGUUCGGCCACAAUUUGGACAGAAUGCGACUAAUCAGUCAGCUGCUGCAAGUUGAAUUUUAGCUCUAUAAAUUAGCAGCUGUCAAUGUUUACAGAGGAAACAGCCAUCGCGCAAUGGAUGACAAAGUCAGCCGCAGUUCGGCUGAUUCUCUCUCAGUGACAGACGAGUUUGUGGUCGUCACACCAAACUCUGAGAAAGCGUCCGAGCCAGCUCAAGAUAACAUCUCUACCACGUCAGCAGAGAGCACAGGUCUCAAGAUCAUCGGCAACGGGAACAUGGACGACCUCAAGCAACACUUGGAUGAAGUUCUGGGUGGGGAUCAGUCGGACGGUCCCAAAGCGCCCUCUGCUGGUGGCAGUGAGGCCAGCAGCGGCUGGGAGACCCCGACCAACAGUGACAAAUUCCGAGGACGGAGCAUUAGCGAGCCAGUUCACAGCCAGGGUAUCUACACAGCUGACAACCCUUCUCAUCUACUAGGCGGGGGAAGUCCAACCACAAGCUACCAGGCGAUGACGAAAGACGAUUUCGGUGAGCGGAUUCUGUCAGGUCAUGUGGGCAGGUCAAAGGUUAGGGAUCAAGGGUCAUCCGGGGACAAGGCGAUGAUUGAGGGCGGGCUUGACCCCUGGGAGCGGAGGUCAAGCUCUGAUGACCAAAACCGUUUGAGCCCAUCUCACGUGGGCGUGGUCCCCAUGGAUAAGAUCUGUACUCUCUUCUCGCACAUCAUCUACCUGGGGGCAGCAACGGUCAACGCACCCAAGAGCGAAAUGGAAGCCACUAAGAAUAUGGCUAUACUCAAGCAGCAGCAGUCACAGAACGCCAUUGAGAUUGUCUUGUCUGUACCGCGGACAUCUGAAGGAUCGGUUCGAUUACUGGAGACUGAUGGGAAGUCAGAGAUCUCAGCCUAUCGCAUCACUAGGAUCUUAUUCUGUUGCCGGGGUCGGGAGGGUACCACUAUCAGUGACUGCUUUGCCUUCACCUGUGGCCAUGGCAACCGAGAGAGUCAACUCUUCCAGUGCCAUAUCUUCAGAUGUGAGGUCCCUGAAGCUGUCCAGCGAAUCCUAACGUGUUUUGGCCAGGCUUUCCAUCGAGUGCCUCGCAGCCCAGGCUUAGUAGACAGCGCCCCCGGCACCCUGGCUUCACCUCGCGAGACCCUGAUGAGCUUCACUAUCCCUCUCCUGGUGGACAUUAGGGAGGAUGACGGUAGGGGCAACUUUGGAGCGGUGCCGCGGGACAAGAGAUGCUUCAAGCUCAGGCAGGGGGUUAAGAAAGAGGUGGUGGUGACGGUACAGCAGAGUCAUCACCGAGUGCUUAAUAUUGAGAGGUGUUUUGGUCUUCUAAUCAGUCCGGGGAGAGAGGUACCAGACAGGGAGAUGCACCUGCUUGAUGUGGUUAACCUUGAGACCAGUUCUGAUGGCAAGAAUUACACCGUCUUCAGUAUGUGGGAUCCUAACAAAGCUGAUCUGGAGGUACUCAACACUGAAUCCCCUCCUGGCUUAGAUAAAGGCAUGUUUAUGACCAUCGCUGUGGAUCUAGUGAUCACCGGCAUCCAGGAGCCAGUCCGUUUUGUCGUGGAGACCAAAGUGCGUAUCUUUCCAUCCAGCGAGAAGUUCUGGUAUUUCAACAAGAAGCCCGUCCACGAAUUCUUCUAUCUCAUGUUGGAGGAGACGGAAGCAGCUGUUGAGAAUGAGCCGGCGUAUUCGGUACUGAGUCUUGAGAGUGAGUCACAGCGUGAGAGGCGACGGAUACCCACACGCUCCCCCAGCAACAACCUGGUACAGACCCCAGACAGCAUGACAUCAGUCCCAGAGGAAGAAAGUGACGACGAUGAACCACUACAGAGCGGUUCAGGCAACGUAGACAAAGACUGCGAGGAGAGUAUCUUACUGACGUGGGGAGACCUCCUAGCCAAAUGGCGCGGCAACUUGAGUCUGAGACCCAAACAGCUCCGCUCCAUGGUGCGUAAGGGUAUCCCUGAGGCCUUGCGUGGGGAGGUCUGGCAACUACUGGCUGGGGUGAAGGAUUGUGAGGGACUCAUGGAGGAAUACAGGGUCCUUAUCACAAAGAAUUCACCGGCCGAGCAGGUCAUUCUUGCCGACAUCACCAGGACGUUCACAGCUCAUGAGAAGUUUCAGAAUGAGAGCGAAGGAGGUCAGGAUGCUAUGUACAAAAUUAGUAAGGCCUAUUCAGUGUACGAUUCGGAAGUUGGCUACUGCCAAGGGUUGUCCUUUCUUGCCGCUGUUCUCUGGUUACAUAUGCCGGAGGAGCAAGCUUUUGCCGUGCUGACUAAGACCAUGUAUGACUACCAUCUCAGAGACCUCUUCAUGAACAGCUUCGUGGAGUUACACGUCAAGUUCUAUCAGCUGGAACGACUGAUGGAGGAUAACAUCCCGGACCUAUUCUCCCACUUUGUACAUAUCGGUAUUGAGGCUCACAUGUACGCAUCCCAGUGGUUCCUGACGCUAUACACAGCACGCUUCCCACUCUACACAGUGUUCCAUAUCAUGGAUCUCUUCCUGAUGGAGGGAAUGCCCAUAGUAUUCAACAUAGCCAUUGCUCUGCUCAAGGCUGCUAAGAAGGAACUCCUUGGCCAAGACUUUGAGGGUGUCUUGAAGUACUUCCGUGUCACUCUCCCCAAGCGAUAUCGCACUGAAGAAAGUGCACAGGAGCUCAUGCAGUCAGCACUCAGUACUAAGAUCAGUAAUCGUAAGUUGAAGAAGUACGAGAAGGAAUUCUACGCGAUGAGGGAGGACGAGGAUAGAGAAGACCCACUGGAGAGGAUUGAGCGAGAGAACAAGCAGUUGAUGCACGCCAACAUCCGCUUGGAGCAGGAGAAUGAUGAACUAGCCAGGGAGUUGAUAGUCCACAGACUGGCGAUGGAGAAACAACUUGAUAAGGAGAGGGAUCGAGCUGAUGAGCUUGACCGGGACCUAAAGGCCAUCAAGCUGCAACUACUAGACACGGAAGAAGAGAAUAAACAUCUUGAAUCAGAAACUACUCAGAUCAAAGAAAUGUACCGGACGGGAAUGGAAAAGUCGGAAUCAGACUCCAAACGGAACGCCACCAUCAUUGCCGACUACAAGCAGAUCUGCUCCCAGCUGAGUGAACGACUAGAGAAACAGCAGACGGCGGCCAGGGAAGACAUGAGCAGGUUACGGCGGAAGUUGCAAACAUGCGAGCAGUGUGCCAAUCUCAUCGACGAAGACGGUAAACUCAACCAAUCAGCCGCUCUGAUCCAACCAAGUGAAGAGGAUGAACCAGAACCAGAAUUAGCUGCUGCUGAACAACAGAUCCGAGAGUUAGAGCUAGAGUUAGCUCAGACCAAGCUUCAGCUGGUGGAGUCUCAGUGUUUAGUGCAGGACUUGGAACAUAAGCUCAAUUCUUCCAUGACGGAGCUGCACGCCUCGCGCAAUAACAGCUGGCUACAGAAAACAUUCUCAUCACUCAAAGACGCUACCACAGCAACCAAGAAGGAAUGAUAAAGAAAAACGUAUCAACUGGGGUCAAAUUUCAUUGAGCUAUAAACAAAAUUAUGACCAUCUGAGGCAAAGUGAGGAAUGUCCCCCAAAACCUUGAUCUAAGUAACUGACGCCUGGAGUCGGAUACUAAAAAAAUCAUGUCAAAAUCAAUAUUGGUCGUUUUGUAUAUUUGAGUAGCCAAGGUAGCCAAGAUUCACGCUUUGCAGUUUUGUUGGGGAAAAAAUACCCCCAAAAGUGGGAACAAAACUGCAGAAUGUUUUUCACUGCCGUUGGCGGUGCAAUGCGUGUCUUUUAUUUUUUUCAAAGACAUUUUUCUCGAAAUGACAUUGGCAAAGUUUGCCGGGAAACUGCUGAAGUUCCUGUGGCAUACGUUUAUCUUCGGAAUACUUUAAGCUACAGAAAUAUAUUGGUAUCAUUGGAAAGCCAACAUAACUUGAAAAGUCAAGGGUGGGGUUAUUCCUCACUACGCCAUGGCAGGUCACAGGUAACGUUCUGUAAAUUACUAAGAGAAACGGGAAGACUCAAGAAAGUUCUGAUUGAUAGAUUCUGGUCUCCCUCUCCUAAACAUGUUUGUUUGUCUGUUUGUUUUUCCCUACAUUUUCCAUAUCCCACUGCUCCCCAGCCAUUCCUCUUUUAUUACUUAAUUUUUCACUUCGUAAAUUUAGAUUAUUUAGUGCAAUCCAGAUUACAUCUGUUAAAUUCUUCCAUGUGGUUGAAUCCUCAAAAAUUGAAGAAAUAUAAGAGUAUAGUCUUAUAAUCUACAUGAUGUGGCUCUUUCUUUGCUUAAUUACGUAUGUGUCCUAUAAUUUUUUGUAAUUUAUGGAAAAGUCCAUUUUUGGAGGUAAUUUAUGGAAAAAAAUGUGUACAUGUACAAUUGUUGAGGAGAUGUUCUGAAGUCAGUUGGGAAUUAUGUUGCCAGCCGAGGGCAGCAAACAUUGCACCAUCUGACGAAAAGUGUAAAUCUGACCGAAACCUCUUGAGGUUUGACUAAUUAAACAAAAACAAAGCUUGUUAACAUUUGCAGUAACUCUUGUACAUAUUUAAAUUUGUAGAAUUAUUUAAUAACCUUUUCUUUUAAGUUAAAGACUGUUUACCAAAGACCAAAGUGUGGAUUUUUGUUGUGUGAAAUUUCCCCUUGUAAGCAUGAAAUGUGGCCCAGGAAAUUUGAUAAAAACUUUCAGCAGGUGAGAAAGUCAGAAGCAUUUAUGGAGCUGGGCAAUUAGGCGGUUACCCAAUCUCACACAGGGUAUUAACUUGUUCAGUUUCGAUUGCUGAGCAGUUUGCCUUCCUUGAUGGUUAAAAGUAAUAUACUACAUUUACUUUUGCUGUAAUUCUCCGAAAUGGAU